AUGGGCUCUUCAGCCUUGAUGAUCAACCGAGCUGUGUGUGUUGUUGAUGAGUGGUACCUGUUCAAAGGAAAGGCGCUGUGCGUGAAACCUGUGGCUAUCAAGACUGCAAGUUGCGCAUCUAGUCACACCACUAGGUCAAACUGCUGGGUAACUGCCAAUUACUAUAAGAAGGUGCAUGAUGUGAACCGUUUUUUACUUCUGGAAUCCCGACUAAUGCAGAUGGAGUAUUCAGCUGAGGAUAUCGCAGCGGCCAGUGAUCUGCAGUUCUUAGCGCGCCUAUGCAUGUCGAUGGCUACAUUUUGGACCUAUGAUUAUGCUUGUUCGCUUCACGAAGAGUGGACAUUCCUGCUUCGGUCGCGCUGGACCAAGGUAAAAUGCCUUUAUAUAAUUGUACGAAAUAUCCCAUUUGCCAUCUUUAUCACGGAGUUAUAUCUGUAUUUCAUCCCGAACGAGGAUUCCAAGAAAUGCGGGAUGUUGAUCAAUAUUUACUCGGGUUUCAGUUUUAUAUCAGUCGUUUGCUCUGAAUUUAUGUUUGUGCUCAGAACAUAUGCGCUCUGGAACAACAAUAGAUUCGUUCUGGUGGCCACGGUAUGCAUCGCUGUUGCUUUUGUAGUAAUAGCAGCUAUCGAUAUUGUUUUCACCACUGUUGUCACCUCACAUGGUUGCUCUCACCUUCCCCAACUACUAUUCGCACAUAUUCAUCCCACUUUUACAGUUACAACCAGCACGAUCCUCCCAGGCUGCUAUCGGACCUCGCGCAGAAUCCAACUCUCUAUGCCGUUUCUUCUCUUGUUUGUAUUUGAACUGGGACUAAUCUCCCUCACAUUUGUACGUGCCAUACAGAGCUGGCGGACAGUCAACGGCCCUUUGUACACCAUUCUGGUGAAGCAUGACAUAUUAUACUAUGCAUGCGGUUUGUUCCUUGCAGCCAUCAACGUCAUGAUGCAAAUGCUGUUUUCCCAAUACGCAUAUCACUCCGUCUUCGAUGACUUCCAAUUCUAUGUGCUUGCUAUCCUUGCUACGCGCAUGCACCUCCAUCUCUGGCAUCUCAAUCAACAUUAUCAUAUACUUGGUCCUGAUGCCCUUAUACUUGCUUCUAUGUCCGAUAUGUCAACUGUAGACUAGACUGCGUGAUGUUUUAUCCUGUAGCUUAUUAGGCAUCGUUUAUGGAGUAAUGUUUGGACCAUGCGAGAUGACUAGUGGGGUUGGUGUUGUUAGUGGUCGGGUUCGGGAUGCGCUUAACUUAUAAGACUGCAUGUUCCUUUUGGGCGGGAGAUGCAUUUGGAUGGCCUUGGUGUAUUGAGUGUCU